AUGGUGACCGCUGAUGCAGCACGAAACGUCGUCGGUAUCAUUGGCAAUGUCAUCUCCUUUGGCCUUUUCCUCUCCCCAGUUCCAACAUUUUACAGAAUCAUUAAGAAAAAGACGGUGGAAGAAUUCAAGCCGGAUCCUUACAUUGCAACAGUGUUGAACUGCUUGUUCUGGUGUUUGUAUGGCAUGCCAUUUGUUCACCCAGACAGCCUUCUUGUGGUCACCAUUAACGGAGUUGGGCUUGUUCUGGAGCUCGCAUAUCUUGCUGUCUUCUUCAUUUAUGCUCAGAGUAAAGGCAGGAAGAAGGUAGCUUUUGGGCUUGGCUUUGAUGUUGUUCUCUUUGUCGCCAUUGCCGCAAUAUCGCUUACAGCAUUGCACGGCACAAAGAAGAGGUCUCUGAUGGUCGGCAUUGUCUGUGAUAUUUUCAAUAUCAUAAUGUACGGUUCUCCUCUUACAAUCAUGGCAAAGGUUAUCAAAACCAAGAGUGUGAAAUACAUGCCAUUUUACCUCUCAUUGACCAACUUCCUAAAUGGUUGCUGCUGGACAGCUUAUGCUCUCAUCAAAUUUGACAUAUACAUGCUGGUCAGCAAUGGUCUUGGUGCAGUUUCUGGUGCUAUUCAACUCAUACUUUAUGCAGCGUACUGCAAGUCAACUCCAAAAGACGACGAUGACUUUGCUGGAAAGCCUACUACUGAAGUGCAGCUCUCGAAUACAAAUGCAGCUGCUGCUGCUAGUGUCUGA